AUGGCAGAACUUGAUGAUUAUGAUACUAAACCUAACAACAGCACUACAACAAGAAGGGUAAAGCUCUUUGGGUUCAACGUACUACAUGAAGAGGAUGAAGACAUGAUAGAAUCAACCAAAACACCAACUGUAUCCUCCGAUGGUCGGAAAUACGAGUGUAAGUAUUGCUGUCGGGAGUUCGCAAACUCACAGGCUCUCGGUGGCCACCAGAACGCACAUAAGAAAGAACGCCAACAGUUGAAGCGUGCUCAAAUUCAAGCCAGUCGUAAUGCAUACAUCCGAAACCCGAUCAUCUCCGCCUACACUCAACCACCUCACCUCCUGUCACACGGCGGCCAUCGGAUGAUACUACCGUCCACCGGCCUUCCGUCUCCGACGUGGGUCUACAUUCCACGCGGCUCUCCCCCCUUCCAAGUGACACACGGAUGCGUGUUACCAGGUUCUUCGUUAUCUCCGGGUGGCAGGAGAGGACCAUAUGCCGGCGCCGUCGUAGAGGAGUCGUCGGCGUCAAGUGUCAUAAGCUCCAGGCCUCAGCCGAAUAACCGAGCUCGUCAUGGGGACGGUGGAGCCGGCUUUAGUGACACAUUCGGACUUGACUUGCAUCUGAGGCUUUAG